CCCAGAAGCAGCCCCGUCCUUGGUCACUUAUAAAGUAUAAGACAAUGCCCUGCGCAUUGCUCCGUCACUUGACCUUGGGCCUUGCACUUGAAUCGUCUUCCCGCUGGUAGUAGAAAAUAUUGGAUCCUUUACUUCCCUCAUCUCGAAUCUGCCCUGUAUUCGCAUAUACCUACCUAUAUCAGCCGCUCUACUGUUUUGUUAGCAUCCUGCCUACUGUCCGCCUCAACUCCCUGUUCUCCGGAUGAUGCAAUAGCGUCAUUGGCCGCUCCGCUCUAAUACUAUACAAGACAACCACAUUUGUGUUUACCAACCCGCACGAAAUCAUGCUCUCCUACGACUCUCCCAUGCCUGCCAAUGGGCAGCCUCCAAAGUCUCCCUCGGGGCUCACGAACGGCGUCCAGCAGGCCGUCGCUUCCAAGACCCAGCCGAAAGUGCCCGGAGUUCCGACUUCCGCCGACAACGGCGCGCACGUCAAUGGAUCCCUUAACACCCAGUACCACCAUAUCUGGCUAGUGACGGGCCCGGCUGGCUGUGGAAAGACGACCGUCGCCGAGUACCUCGCCCAGGCUCUGAAGCUUCCCUACAUCGAGGGCGACAGUUUCCACCCACAAGCAAACAUUGAGAAGAUGGCCAACGGUGUGCCUCUGACCGACGCCGACCGAUGGGACUGGCUCGUUGCGCUUCGCGAAGAGUCCCGCCACCAGCUGGCCGCAGGCUCCGACGGGGUUGUGCUCACCUGCUCGGCCCUGAAGCGCAAGUACCGGGACGUCAUCCGUGUCGCCGGAUACUACGAUCGCUCCAUCCUCAUUCACUUCAUCUAUCUGUCGGCCCCCGAAAACGUUCUCGUACAACGCGUGACAGCCCGCAGUGCCGCGACCAACCACUAUAUGGGCGCCAACAUGGUCCACAGCCAGUUCCAAACCCUGGAGCCUCCCAUGGCCGACGAGACAGACGUCAUCAGUCUCGACGUCAGCCGCUCUCUCGAGGAAGUCAAGCGGGAUGCCCUAGCCAGCGUCAAGGCCGUAGUUGGGGAAGACGCAUAGGCCACUAGCUGUCUCAAGAGGCGUACUUUGGUUGGGGUGUUCUUCCUUUUUUGCGAAUCAUCCUACGGGAUCAUGGAGUUACGGGCAUAGAACUACAAGCGUUGGCUUUUGGAUAUCACAACGGCGUCAGCAUUGGGAUUAGGGUUACA